UCCAAAUUUCAUUGGUAUGAUUUUCAACAUUGUCCAUUGACUUUUUCUCUUCCAAAAUUAGAAAAAUAAAAUUUUCAAAAAACAUCCUCCACAAACUCACCACUCCUAAUAAUACACACACUACUCCCCCAAAUCAACCAUUACAAAAAAAAACGUCAAUCUCAUAAACUCCAUUUCAUCAUUCACCCACCCAACCAAUCAAUCAACCCCCCAAAACAAAAACAAUGUCGUACUACCCAAGAGGCCGUGGUGGAGACGAUGAUAACGCCGACGAUUUCGACGAGUACGAUCCAACCCCAUACGGCGGAGGAUACGACCAAUCUCUCACUUACGGUCGUCCAAUCUCUCCUUGCCAUGAAACAUGUUACCCUCCUUCUUCCUCUGGUAGCGGCAACACUGAGUUAGACUACGAUCGACCUCAAUACACUUCUUACGCCCAACCUUCUGCUUAUGGCGAAGAAGCUCAAGAGAAUGAAUACAAAAGUUAUUCUCGUCCUAAUUAUCGCCCACCUGUUUCUUAUGGUGGUACACCUCAACCCGCACCUGGGUAUGGGUCUGGAUCCGGGUUUCAACCUCAUCUUCCUCAACCUGAAUAUGAAGAACCCACUUCUGAAUAUGGAUCUGGUUAUGGCCGGAAACCUCAAUAUGAAGCUCCAAGUUCUGAAUAUGGAUCUGGGUAUGGUGGGAGAAAACCUGAUUAUGAAGCUCCAAGUUCUGAAUAUGGAUCUGGGUAUGGUGGGAGACCACAAUAUGAGGCUCCAUCUUCUGAAUAUGGAUCUGGGUAUGGGAGGAAACCCGAGUAUGAAGCUCCAUCUUCUGAAUAUGGAUCUGGGUAUGGAAGAAAGCCCGAAUAUGAAGCUCCAAGUUCAGAAUAUGGAUCUGGGUAUGGUGGGAGGCCACAAUAUGAAGCACCCAGUUCGGAAUAUGGAUCUGGGCAUGGUGGGAGACCACAAUAUGAGGCACCCAGUUCGGAAUAUGGAUCUGGGUAUGGGAGGAAAAGUGAGUAUGAAGCUCCAAGUGCGGAAUAUGGAUCUGGGUAUGGGAGGAAAAAUGAGUAUGAAGCUCCGAGUGCGGAAUAUGGAUCAGGGUAUGGGAGGAGUGAGUAUGAGAAGCCUAGUUAUGAGAGGCAGGAAGGAGAAGGAUAUGGUGGAUCUUCUUAUGGUAGGUCUGAUUAUGGAAGAAAGAAGGAUGAUGAUGAUGAGGGUUAUGGCCGUAAAAAACAUAGUGACAAUGAUUCUGAUGAUGAUGAUGAAGAGAAGCGUCGUCACAGGCACCACCACCAGCACCGCAGGCACCAUGAUGAGGAUUAAGAUGGUUGAUCGUCAGUUCUAAGUUGAUCUCCCCCAUCUUUCUCCUUAGCUAUUAGAAUAAGGGGUUGAGAGUGUUUGGCCUAUGUUAUAUACUUGCUGCUGUAUGUUUCUUUUGUAUGACGGCUCAUUUUGUGAUUCUAUCAUUUACUGUUGAACAAAAUUCCUGUGUGUUUUGUAUUAAAUGGUGUCGACAUUGUGUUGAGUUAUAUAAAUCCUUUUAUGUGUGUA